AAUUAAACAGAUUAACUACAAUUAAGAGAAAGAGGGAGCAUAAAAGAUCAGAAGGCAAAUAUGUCGACAGAAUGUUCAGGGAAGAACUCAUGGCCCGAACUUGUCGGAGUUCAAGGAGAGGUUGCUGAGAAGAUCAUUGAAAAGGAAAAUCCUGCUGUUGAUGCCAUAAUUGUGACAGAAGGAUCAGUCGUCACUGCAGACUACCGAUGUGAUAGGGUUCGGGUUUGGGUUAACAACCACGGCAUCGUCUAUAAGGUCCCUACAAUUGGUUAGGGAAUUGUACAAUUUCUGCUAUGUGAUUGUACUUUUAUACAGUAUGUUUCCUACCUACGUAAUUAAAAUAAUAGGAGAUGUGUUACUCCACUUUAAUGAUUGAAAAUUACAAAAUAAAAAAUUGAUGAUCUUCCUCCUCUACUGUAUUCUACUUGUGUUUAUCAAUAAGAUAUUGAUCAUCUUCCGCAACUUUUAUGAGAAUCACAUUAUAU